AUGUCUGGAUACGGAAAGAACCAACAAUACGUGUAUGAUGCCGAAGCCACAAGAUCGAAUCAGAUCCCGAGCUAUUCAGGCGUUGCACAGCCUUCAUUCGCCUCGCAAUACACGGAUGCGCCCGCGCGGCUCACCCACGAGUCUUCAGGUGCAGAUAUGCCCUACAUUACCAGUGCAGCGUACGAGUCACGCGGUGCAGGAGAACACCAGCCUGAACCUCCAUUUAUUGAUGCAAGGUCUCGUCAUCCCGCAUCUCACACAGCGACUGAGACGGAAAUCACCGAAUCUGUUACGCCCCCACAAGGCACCGCUGGAUCUACUGUUUCCCUCCAACUCCGGACGAAUUACGACCUCGCUACGAAUCAACACACGUUUAUCCUAAUGUUUGGCUCCAAGAAGUGCGUUGCCGCACUGCAGAAGGUGGAUUAUGAUGACGAGUGGUAUAAUUAUGUUCUCAACGUCGAGGUACCUCCAUUCCCCUUGACAAACUCAUGGGAUCCAACCAUGAUGUUGAAGCUCCAGAUCGAGGAUAAAAUGGGGCAUUUGCGAUCUCAGACAGAUGCCGGCAAGUUUACCUUCACUGAUAUGUCGCCAAAUCUCGCCUACCAGUCUUCUCCCGAGUUUUCCAGAAAGCGAAAGUACUCAGCCGAGUUUGGGGAAUCUCAAGACUACUCCGAUAGCACUGCCGCAAAGCGAGCAAACACCCUCCGCUUUCAAGCCAAGCCACGCUCGAUCUCUGGAGCGUACUCAGCAGCCCAAGUAUCACCACUUCCGGCUCAGUCUACACUGUCCAGCGCGUAUGGACACAGUAGCGGAUACGACUUGCCAAAGCAACCAAGUUAUGCUUCUCAGCUCUCACAGAAGGGGUUGUAUGCCGUUCCUUCGGGUAUGAACAUAACCCAGGGGGAUUAUAAGCUUCCGCAGAUGUCGCCGAGCCUGCAUUCGUACGGCAGCUACAACUCGCUUGCACACACAGGCCGAAAUCCUGGCUCGAUUGGCGUAACUCCUUCUGGGGCUUCUGUUCUUCCUUCGCCCUCAUCACUUGCAGCACCUGUCUUAGUCCGGGCUACAACGCUUCCGCAAGCGGGUAGCACCUCUUCGGCUCAGCCAUUCAAUCCGUAUUCCAUGUACCAAACUAAAGCUGUCUUGAAGAUUGAAGGUGAUCUUGACAAGAUGAGCGACGAGUGGACGCAAGAGGAGCUGGACUCGAAGCGACGGCUCGUAGAGUUCAAGAGAUCCCAGCACGGAAGCACGAUUUCGACCUCGUUCGCGCCCAUUGCCCCAGAAGCUCGGCCAACCCGGAGCAUAUGUGUCAGCUGCAUAUGGUGGGAAGAGAAAGAUGAGUGUUUCAUCACAAGCGUGGAUACCAUCUAUCUCCUGGAGCAACUCGUAAACGUUCGCUUUACAGUCGAAGAGAAGAAUCGAAUUCGACGCAAUCUAGAAGGAUUCCGUCCACUUACAGUGUCAAAGGCCAAGCCAGACAGCGAGGAGUUCUUCAAGGUUAUUAUGGGAUUUCCGAACCCAAAACCACGAAACAUCGAGAAGGAUGUCAAGGUGUUCCCUUGGAAGAUUUUGUCGCAUGCGUUGAAGAAGAUCAUCAGCAAAUAUUCUGCGAGCUACUCUUCGACGGCUGGUAUCGGAUCUCUUCCCAUCGCAUCAACAUCGGCUUAUGUCCCGGGCAUCAUGUCGCAGGCGGCACUAGACGCCCAUCGCAAUGCUUCGCCACAAUCGGUCGCCGCUUCGACUGCUUCAACUACGUACACACCCAACCUGACCUCAUCGAGUCUGUCUCCCCAUAUGAAGCUAUCAGCAGGUCUCGAGGGAUCAGCAGCUCACGGUAUGUCAGUUUCUCAGAGGACACCCUCAGGGCAAGGUAUGACUCAAUGGGGUGCUCCUGCUCAUCAGAUGUCGCAAUACCCAGGGACACUAGCUCAAGGAGGACGGCCGUCCUGGGAUUACGGCUAUCUCAAUGUUUCUUCGACGGCAGGAGUACCGAAUGUCGUAGGAUCGCUACAGAUGCAACGCGCGGACAUCACGCCCGACAUGAGCCAGAUGCCAGCAGACAACACAUACCCGCAGUACGGUGAACGUACCACGAGAGUGUAG